AUGUGUAACCAGGACCCCAGCCUCACGUCCCCGCUGCACCACAUUAACUUGCUGGGGCUCCGCGCGCUCCCCAGCGCCGCCCCGGUUCGAGGCUGGCCGCCCACCGGCCCCCAGUCUGGGGCCACCCGGUUCUGGGACCCAGCGGAGCUGGCAGGGGCCCCAGCCAGGGGGAAAGCGGUGUCCUCUUCAUCGGCAGGGGCCAGGUCUCCUUUCCCCGGGGCCCGGCUCUCCACCGGCUUUGUGCCCGGACGCCUGGAAGUCACCGCGAGAGAGAGCAUGGCAGGUGCCUGGAGCCGAGUCCGAGUCCAGGAAAGACGCGAGGCAGAACCUGGGGACGGCAGUGAACACGAGGACAGACGGGAGCGGGCCGGCCAUCGGCAGGCCAGGCCCGUUGUCACCAAGGAGGCAGACACUGCCGAGUCAGGGAAGUACGCAGUGGGUGCCAUCGCUGCUCGGAACGGUCAGCAAGGCCAGCGAGGAGAAUGGGUUUCACUUGACGUUCCUGCUGACCCGCAGCGGGAGGGCGGCCCCUCCCGAACCAGCAACCCCCAGGAGUGGGCCCCAGGGUACAAGUCUCGUCAUGCAGGAGGCCUCCGUCUCCUGCGGUGCCCGGGGGCUGCCAAGCACCACGCUGCCAGUACUGCUCGGCUCACGGAGCCCACCCGAGACCCUCGCAACCGCCCAGCCGUAGAGCACGUGAGGCGCUUGCUAGGCUGCGGGCUGGCCCCCACUGUGGGUUUGGGGAGGGGCUGCCAGCCCUCCAAGGCUGGACAGCAGAGCCUCUUCCAGCUGCUCCCCUGGAAGUUCAAAUGCUGGGACUGGAGGAGCACGGGGGCGGGGCCUGAGCCGGGGCUCCGCAGGCUUGGGCUCUUGGGCAGCGGGACCCCGGGCAGGACUCACAGGGGCCAAAUAGGGGGCUCUCGUUCAAAAAAUCAUGAGGUGCUUCCAGGUAGCUACUGCGGAGCAGAGUCAAGCGUGCACCCUGCAGGGCGUGGGGCCCAGUUACACGAUCGCUCGCCCUGGAGCUGGCCCGACGCUGCGGUCAAGACGCGCAGCAAAGUGCGUGGUAUCAAGAGAAGGCUGAGCUGGUACUGCAGCCCCAGGCUAGGUGAACAGAGUAUAGUGGGGGCGGGGGGCCUCUCCGCGUAUGGCAUGGGUGACCCAGUCCCAGCGGGGGCCUUGGAAAGCGGCCAGCGGGUCCUUUCGCACUGCCGGCAAGGAUGA